AUGCAGCCAAUAUCGCUCUCUCCCAGCUUCAACAGCCAUUCCAACAGUAAAGUCGCCGAAAUCGCCGCCCGUGUGGUCGAAGAGUUCGCCUCUCUGGAACUCUACGACGACGAGAUUUACAUCGACGAAGACGAAAAUCCGCCGACUCUUCGAUCGGAGGGAGGAGCGAAUUCUGAUUACGUCGAGUACGUAAAUCGCGAUGAAGAUGCCUCCGACGACGACGAGGAAUUCGAAUUCGCUUUCGUGACGAGAGAUUCGGAGUUGCCUUCUCCAAUUUCCGCCGACGAGAUCUUCCACAACGGCCAAAUCCGACCGGUCUACCCUGUUUUCAACAGAGAUCUGUAUUUGCAGAGUUUGCGUGAGAACGGAUUAGAAAAAGGGGAAAAGGUUCGGCUGCCGUUGAAAAAGCUGUUUAGUGAGGAAAGGGAAACGGCGAUGACGAUGAAAACGACGUCGUCGUGCUCUUCGUCAGACGCGGACGAGCUCGACGGAGUUUCAGAGGACUUAUAUUGCGUGUGGCGGCCGGCGGCAGAGGGGAGGUGCAAAAAGAGCAGCUCCGCGGGAUCGAAUUCGAAGAGGUGGAAGUUUAAGGUGAAGGAUUUGCUGCUGAAUAGGAGCCACAGCGAGGGGAGCAACGAAGAUUUUGUGAUUUUGAGUAGGAGGAAGAAACAGAAUGAAGAAGACGGAGGCAAAUUGGCCCCGGUGAGUGGUGGAAAGACUAAGUCCGCGGCGGCCAGACCGCUUCCGCCUCCUCCUCCUCCUCCGCCGGUGUACGGUGGUGUGAAGCGGCGGUCGUACUUGCCGUAUAGACAGGAUUUAGUAGGGCUUUUCGCCGGUGUAAAUGGACUAGGUAGGACUGUGCAGCCGUUUUGA